UAGUUGGCGCUGCGGCUGCCUCGACCGAGGCAUGUUGGCAACUUGGUAGUGUUGUGGGUGUACUUCGCCCCUACCUGGGAUUAUCACAGCUGAUGGGCUCACUCUCAAUAUGGCUUCAUCUCACUUGAAUGGCCAAUUACAGCGGAGCUCAAUUUAAUGUUGCUUGUCGUGCCUUUACCUGUUAUAACAUCGUCAACAUCUGCAAAUAGGAAAAAGGUUUGGAGUUGUGGAACAAACACUUAUCAUCAGUUGGGCAUAAAUCCUCCUGUGGAUGAACUUUACGUCCCACAACCUUUAGCAUGGCAUAAGUCUCACAAAGAAGAGACCAUCAAUGGCAUUGGGGCAGCCAAAUAUCAUUCAGUUAUCUGGACAUCAAAGAUACUUUAUACAUUUGGUUUGAAUGGUGGUCAGCUGGGUCACUAUAAGAAUACAUCUGAGCGAACAAUUAUCAUUCCCAGGAAGGUUACUUCUGUUACCUUGCAGGCAGAAGGACAGAUUGCAUGCAUAGCUGUCAGUGAUGGUGCCACAGUGGUUUGCACAUCAUGUGGUGACAUUUAUGUUCUUCAUCAAUACCAGACAAGGAAAAUAGCCUCCAAAAUGCACAACAUAGCAAAGGUAGCCUGUGUUGGUGGCUUUUUGGAUCCAAGUGUAAAUGCAGAAGGACUGACUGAGAAAGGUGGCACAGACUUGAAAAUAGCGGUUCUUACUGGUGAUGGGAGCAAUCAUCUUUAUCUCUGGACAGAGCAGUCAUCACACUUGUCACGUUGUCUUUUUAAUAUCAACCGUGAAGUAAAUGUGUGUGACUUCUGUCUGAGCCAUCAUUUAAUUGGAAUAGUUACAAAAGAAGGAGAAGCCUUUUCUGCCAAUGUUAUAUUACCAAGAGAGCGUAAAACUUCUUAUAAGAUCUUUAAUAAGCCAGGGGGACAACUUAUAGAAUUUUUGGAUAGAAGUUCAUGUGUCACAUUGCGCCUUACGCGCAUUGCAAAUCUUCAUCGCACUUUGUCAAUUAUGUGUGAUCCUAAAGGUUCAAAUUUUGCUGCAAUUCAAAAUGAACCAAAUUGCUUUCUCUUAGAUGUGCCUCAGAUCAGUCCAAGCAUGCUAAGGCAUGACUUAAAAACUCUUCUCAUUGAUGCAAAUGAGAUGGACAGCAUACAUGAUGUUAUUAUAGUUUGUGGCCAAAAGAGAUUUUUUGCUCACUCCUAUAUAUUGGCAUGUCAUAGUCAAUAUUUCAGGGAAUGUCUUCUCAACAAUGUUCCAGGGAAUGAUAAGGAAUAUUUGAAUGUAUACAGGACCUCGCCAGAAGAGGAAGAAAAGAAGUUUCUGAUUAUUAAUGAUGUAGAUCCAGAAAUCUUCCAAGAAAUUUUAACCUUCAUGUAUACUGGUUCAUGUCAACUUUUGAUGGAACCCAAGCAGUUCAUCAGUGCUCUUGCGAAGAACAUGCAGGAUUCUUGUAAUACAUCAGAUGCAAGGAAAACAUAUUCCCCCAUUCCUAGUGAAGAAAAGAUCCAGUCUAAAUGCUUAAACAAGAAUAAGAGACGGAAAAGACGUAAAGAAUCAGAAACUAGGGCCUGCAACUCAGAGUCCACAAUUGUUGAUGUAAUACAGAUGGUACUAACAAUUGUGAAGAAGUAUGCAAUCAAGGACCUUGAACAAAAGAUUAAUACUCUACCUCAUUUUUGUGGAAUCUUUGAGGUAGAUGAUCCAAAUACCAGGAAUGUGAAUGCCUCAGAUGUGAAAAUUAAGUAUUCCCGAAGGACUAACCAGGAGUUAUGGGAUGUUAUGAUUUCAAGCAGGACAGGUGAUAAUCUAGGAGCUCACAAGUGUGUUCUCUCUGCAAGAUCAGAAUAUUUUAACUGUAUGUUUGGAGCCAACUGGAUUGAGUCAACCUCCACAAAAGCAUUAAGUAUGCCUCUGCCAACCAAUAUAUUGGUCAUUAUUCUGGACUAUUUUUAUGAAGAUGACUCGACAAAGCUUCGACUGUGCAGAGAGCCAGAAUUUGUUUGCAACGUGCUUGUGGUAGCUGAUCAGCUUUUAGUCACACGACUUUGCGAGAUAUGUGAAGAUGUUUUAGUUGGAUUGCUAACUCUAAAGAAUGCUGCAGACUUGUUAGAGUUUGCAUGUACAUACAAUGCAAAACAGUUGAAGGUUUCAGCAAUGCAAUUCAUCUGUCUGAAUUUGGCAGCUAUAUUAGAGAAUGGAUCUCUUCUGACCAUUAGCAGUGGUGACAUUCUUAUGGAUUUAUCAAUUUACUACCGCAAAUUCAUCCCACAAAUGUGUUAUCGUAUGUUAACUCCUUAUGAUCAGUCACCAUAUGCAGAUGAGCUGGAAAGGCUUCUAGAGAAAAAUCCAGUGGUAUUACCAGGGUCCGAAGAAGAAUGGGAAGACACAUAUGUCAAAGAUAGACCGAGUAGGAGUAAAGGGCAGGGUUCUUCACGCAAAAAGAAACGCUCACACAGAAAUAGUCAGAGUGAAUCACGAACAAGAAAUUCUUCAACUUCUUCCCAGUUCUCUGUGGGUUCACUGUCUGAUUCUGAUUCUUUAAAAGACAUACAGCAAGAAUUAGAAGCUCUUAAUUUUGAUGACUUGGAAGAACGUUCCAUUGAGAGCAAUGAAAAGGUCACCCCACACACUGAAAAAAAUGAAUGCCAUUCUGAACUGAUCAUCAACAGGGAUGAGGAAAUUUCAACUCAGAAUCAUAUUUCUGCAGAACAUUCACCUUGGCAAAAAGUCCGGAAGAAAAAAAACAUAGUGGAUCAGCUGAUACUGGCUCCCCAAAUUGUUGAAACUUGUACAAAUAAUGUCCACAGUUCUGAUAAGAUUCCUCAAGUUCAACUUAUAACCCAGAAAACAGAGGCUUCAACAAGAAAUGAAGGGCUACAGGAAAAGGGCCUUUUAAUUGAAUUUCCUAGUCUGAGAGAUUCACUGUCAUGUUCACCACGGAUAUCAGAUGUUGUACCAAACAACAGAAUAGGGAAAACAUCACAGAAACAGUCAAAAAAAAAUUCUUCAAGUGGAACUGCUUUGGAAAAGAAAUUACCAGGAAAAGACCCAAAGCAGAACAAGACCACAGGCAGUUCACCAUGGGGUCAGUCAUCACCUCCAGCUUGGGGGACAGACAAGGAUCAGUCAGGAAUCAUCAGCAAUGUUAAAGGUAUGCAAACAUUAGCAGAUAUUAUGAAAGCUGAGGAGGCAUCACAGAAAGAAAAAAAUAUGGAGACAACCACUCCUAUACCUACCCAGAAGAGCAAAACAUCUCAAACAGUAGCAAAUAUAAAGAAAUGGUAAGAAUAUUGUA